AUGGACACAGACCAUUAUUCGGCUUGGGCCGAAUUGUUUAAGCUCCAUGCACGAUCCCACCACGUUAUUUCGCACAUCUUACCUACUGGAAAGGAAACACCUCCUUCCAGUGAUGAAGAGAAAGAAAUGUGGUCCACGUUAGAUGCAAUGGUUCUCCAAUGGGUUUAUGCUACCAUCUCCACUGAUUUGCUACAUACCAUUAUUGCUAAAGAUCUCUCGGCCAAGGAGGCUUGGGAUCGACUUCGGAAUAUUUUCCAGGACAAUAAAAACUCUCGGGUGGUUGCUCUUAAACAUGAUUUUUCUCAUGUAAAAAUGCGAGAUUUUCCUUCGGCUUCUGCUUAUUGUCAACGCUUAAAAACCUUGGCUGAUCAACUAAAGAGCGUCGGCGCUCCUGUGACGGAUAACCGCCUUGUUCUUCAGUUAGUGGCUGGCCUCACCGACGCCUACAAGAAUGUGGGUACUCUACUCCAUCAAAGUAAGCCACUUCCUUCCUUUUCCGAGGCUCGCUCAAGUUUAUAUCUUGAGGAAAAGGCGUUGGCUGAGAUGCAGGACGAAGCACCAACUGCUCUGGUGGCUUCUUCGAAUCAUGAUUUUGAUGACUCCUCCCUCUCCGGCACUCAUGGUCAAACCUCUCAAAAUCGCCCAAAAUCCCAUUCAAAAAAUAAAAAUGGUGGGAAAAAGAACACCGGCGGUGGUGGCCGUGGUUCUGGCGCCGGCGGUGGUAACCGGCGUGGUGGCGGUCGUGGUUCCGGUGAUGCACGACAUGUUCCGGUACAACAUCCCCCUUGGCAGACUUCUUCUUCUCCUUGGCAGUGGGGUUGGGUGCCACAAUGGGCUCCUCCUCCUUGCCCAUUUCCUACUUCUCAGUGGGCUCGCCCCACUUCUGGCCCACCUAGGAUGAUGGCAUCAAAUGGGCAUUCUGGGCUCCAGGCCUCCACAGGCUUACGCUGCUACUGGGUCAGUUUCCCCCUCUUAUGUGCCCACUGA